CUCACUCCCUUUUAUUUAUCACACCUAAACUUGUGACCAAACCAAACAAACUCAUUUCAAUUCCACAACCAAAACAAAACAAACCAUCCAAAAACACACCCCCAGCCAUGCACUCCAAAACUGACUCAGAAGUAACCACCAUCAGCAUUGCUCCAUCCUCUCCCACCCGCUCCCCCCGCCCCGCUGCCUACUACGUCCAGAGCCCAUCCCGCGACUCCCACGACGGCGAAAAGACCACCACCUCGUUCCAGUCCACGCCAACAGGCUCUCCCCCGCACUCGCAUUCCUCUGUGGGGCGUCACUCACGGGAGUCCUCCUCGAGCCGCUUCUCGGGCGCUCUCAAGGAUGGUUCACGCAAAGUCUACCCCAAUGAUGGCAAUGAUCGUCGUAAAAAUCACAAGAAAAUCGAUGUUAUUGAAGAAGAAGGGCUUCUUGACGAUGAGGAGUAUCGAAAAGGCCUGCCUCGUCGAUGCUAUCUGCUUAUUUUCGUUCUCGGCUUCUUUGUUCUCUUCACGCUUUUCUCCUUAAUUUUAUACGGUGCUAGUAAGCCGCAGAAGCCUAAGGUUACGAUGAAGAGUAUUAAGUUCGAGACGCUGGUGAUUCAAGCUGGUUCGGAUAAUUCAGGAGUUGCCACGGACAUGAUCACUAUGAAUGCUACAGUCAAACUCAGUUUUAGAAACACCGCUACAUUUUUCGGAGUCCAUGUCAAACCAACUCCUGUUAAUCUGGAUUACUCUAAAAUCACUCUUGCUUCCGGAAACGUGAAGAAAUUUUAUCAAUCGAGAAAGAGUCAGAGGCUAUUGACCGUGACCUUAACAGGGAGUAGGGUUCCAUUAUACGGCAGCGGGGCAACUCUGAGCAGCUUAAACGGAGUUCCCACUGUUCCCGUACCGUUAACACUGAACUUCGUCGUCAAAUCAAGAGGCUACGUGUUGGGAAAAUUGGUUAACCCAAAAUUCGACAAGAAAAUCGAGUGCUCGGUUGUUUAUGAUCCGAAAAAACACAAAAAUGUGGCCAUCUCAUUGAAGAAAUCCUGUACGUAUAAUUGAAUUAAUUGAUGUAACAGAGUACAUGUGAGUUGUUGCUUUGCAAGAUUACAGAUCAGAUGGGGUGUUCAAUUGAGUAGGUAUGGGACGAACGCGGUUAUUUAACUUUUGUCAUCGAAAAGGGAUUCGUCGGUGACUUUUUUUAUGUGGAAUUUUGGUUAGGAAAAUAGGAAAAUACACGUGUUUCUUUAUUCUUUUUAAAGGUUUUAUGUGUAUUAAUGAGCCUACAUUGUUGGGAUGAAGAUAUAUGUAAUAAUGAGUUGAAAAUAAAAAUUUUGUUGAAUA